AUGUCUCGCUACAAUAACUCCCAUUCAAGCUUAAAUCGCAUUGCCUCUAACCUCUCCAAUGUUGAUUUGCAAUACUUCAUUGGUGUUGAUGUUGGUAGUGGGUCUGCCAGAGCCGCUAUUUGUUCUUCUGCCGGUAAUAUCCUUUCGCUUGCUGAAAGACCGAUUAUUCGCCAGGAAUUGAAACCAGACUACAUCACCCAAUCGACGACCGAGAUCUGGGAUGCAGUGUGCUUCACUGUUAAAACCGUGAUUCGUGACUCAGGGGUCGAUCCUAGUCUCAUUUACGGUAUUGGGUUCGACGCCACUUGCUCGUUGGUGGUGAUUGAUGGCACUACCGAUGAGCCACUUGCUGUGGGGCCGGACUUUGAGAAUGAUAAUCAAAACAUCAUUAUGUGGAUGGACCAUAGGGCUCUUGAAGAGACUGCGGAAAUCAACAAGUCUGGAUACUUUGGAUUGAAGUACGUGGGUGGGCAAAUGAGCGUGGAGAUGGAAAUCCCAAAAAUCAAGUGGUUGAGAAAUAACAUGCCCCCAAAGAAAUUCAAAAACUCGUUGUUCUUUGAUUUACCAGAUUACUUGGUUUACAGAGCCACCUCGGUGCACCAUAGAAGUUAUUGUUCUACGGUUUGUAAACAAGGGUUGGUGCCCCCAGGAGUCGAUGGUCAAACCUCCGGUUGGUCAAAAGAGUUUUUUGAAGCUGUUGAUUUGCCAGAAUUAGUGGCAGAUGAUUUCAGAAAACUCGGGGGGUCUCCUGGAAACACUGGGAAAUGGUUCAGUGCUGGUGAAUCCGUGGGUCCAUUAAGUACUAAAGCUGCCGAAGAAUUGGGAUUGACCACCAAUUGUUAUGUUGGUUCCGGGGUCAUUGAUUGCUAUUCCGGUUGGGUGGGGACCAUUGCUGGUAAAACCGAUGUGGCGAUCCCAGAAUUGGAUAAACAAGACCAAGAAUUCACUGGUAUUGACAAGGCUUUUGGGAGAUUGGCUGCGGUUGCCGGGACUUCCACUUGUCACUGUGUGAUGUCCAAAGAUGCGGUUUUCGUACCAGGGGUCUGGGGUCCUUAUAGAGAUAUUAUGGCUCCAGGGUAUUGGUUGGCAGAAGGUGGCCAAUCCUGCACUGGUGCCUUAUUGGCCCAUGUGUUAUCUACCCACCCAGCGUACGGUGAAUUAUCCCAAAAGGCUGACGCAUCGAAUAUUUCCAAGUUUGAUUACUUAAACUCAGUGCUUGAAAGAUUGAAAGUUGAAAGAAAAGAACGUUCUGUGGUCAGCCUCGCCAAGCAUUUGUUCCUUUAUGGGGAUUUUCACGGUAACAGAUCGCCAAUUGCCGAUCCUACCAUGAGAGCCAGCAUCAUUGGACAAUCUUUAGAUACUUCAUUGGAGGAUUUGGCAAUCAUGUAUUUGGGAGCGUGUGAAUUCAUUGCCCAACAAACCCGACAAAUUGUCGAAGCCAUGGAGACCGCGGGGCAUAAAAUCUCUACGAUUUUCAUGUCUGGUGGCCAAUGUCGUAAUGGGUUAUUAAUGCGUCUUUUGGCCGAUUGUGUUGGUAAACCAGUGGUGAUUCCUCGUUAUAUUGACGCUGCGGUGGUAUUUGGAUCGGCAAUUUUAGGGGCCGUCGCCGCCGAGUCAGUGCCUCGAUCAUUGAAGAGAAGCAAUUCCAUCAGUUUCUUGAAAUCCGGCCCAUCAUUUAUCAAUCACCACCACAAACCUCUCAGUGAUUUGCCAUCUCCUUAUACCGUCCCUACCGCCACCGCCUCCUCAGCCAAUAUCGCAUCUUUGGCCUCGGUUUCGUAUACCACACCUACUCCUGAAGGAUAUCCUUUCCCGGUGAUGACUCCAAUGGAUGAGAAGAAUGAGUUUGAUCUCAUCCCACAUGGUGAUAGCCAAGCAAUUGAGGAUGAUGAUGAUGAUGAUGAUGAUGAAGAAGAUGGGGCGGCGAUUCAAUUUGGUGCCCAAAACAAGAAUUUCGAAAAAGUGUUCAAUGAUAGAUUGAAAUUAGGCCAUACUGGUUCAUCUCCCGUUCAACAUAGCGUGUCUGGGGCGAUUAUCACUAAGUCCAGAGCGUCGUCGAUUGGGAAAACUGCCGAGAAACCUGGGGAUAAAUUAUGGCUCGUGAUGGAGAAAAUGUCGGGGCCUGGGAAAGUGGUGAGUCCAUCUCCGAAUAACGAUCCAGAUAGAAUAUUAUUGGCUGCUAAAUACAAGAUUUUCUUGGAUAUGCUCAAUAAACAAAGAGAGUAUCGGGCUUUAGUGGACGGGGUGGAGGCAAUGUUGUGUGUUAAGCCAUGA